CAGAGUGUCCACAACAAACAGCAGCUGUGCGCUCACAAAGUUCAGUAAAAUAACUUUUAAUAUCCGUCAUUUGGAGCAAGUUUCUAAACAAGAUCUGAAGGGAGGAAACCGAAGAGGGCGAGAAGGGAAACACCUGCUGUGUGGGUGUUUUUAAACAACACUGGUUUUCCCCUCGACUUUUAAAAAGUUGCCAUGUGAUCCUCCAGCCGAUCUCAGCCGGCAUUUGCGCGUUUUCCCCCGGUAAGCGACACCCUCUUUCCUCAGUGUCUUCCAACUGAACCGCAACACGUCGACUUUCUUUUCCCCCAUCCUGUUAUAAAUACAGUUUCCAAGGAGUUUCAAUAGGGGGGAAACAUGCGCUCUUUAGCCGGACUUGGUGCCCUUGUGGCGGCUGCGAGUUUCUUUCUCUACCUGCUGUCCACUCAUCUCCCCCCGGGAACCAAGCACCUUCAGCCGGCCUCUGAGGGGGAGGAAGAGACGGUGGAGGAGUACAGUCUGAAGUUCCCGUCGGACCUGGACUCUCUGCGGGAGCUCGCUGAGAUGCUGAAGCUUUAUAAACGAGAACAUUACAGCUACGUGCUGCUGCUGUUCUGCAGCGCGUAUCUCUACAAACAGUCCUUUGCUAUACCUGGAUCCUCCUUUCUGAACAUGUUAGCCGGAGCAAUCUUCGGGCCCUGGGAGGGUCUCGUGCUGGCCUGCCUUCUGACCACGGUGGGCUCCACCUUCUGCUUCCUGCUCUCCUCAGCGUUCGGGAAGCAGCACGUCGUUCACUUCUUCCCCGACAAGGUGGCUCUGCUGCAGAGGAAGGUGGAGGAAAAUCGUAGCAGUUUGUUCUUCUUCCUCCUUUUCCUCCGUUUCUUCCCCAUGACUCCUAACUGGUUCCUGAACAUCACGUGUCCCGUUCUCAACAUCCCAAUGCCCAUUUUCUUCUUCUCUGUGUUAAUAGGUGAGACUACACACACUCUAAAAACACACAGUAUGAAGUCAAGGUUAACACGUUACUAACUUAAAGGGGACCUAUCAUGC